CGACGAUAACGAUUUGUCAGAGAUAUUCAUGGAUAAAUGGGUAACCGUGGGCAUAGCCUGUGGUGUCGUUCUCGCGGUGGUCAUUAUUAUAGUGAUCAUCUCCCUUCUCGCCUGUUUCAUUUGGCGACGGAGGAGUGAACCCGCCAAACCAUCCAAAAAUCGUUCAGACAGUGAAUCCAACUUGAAGGAGAAGUCAAAUUCAUAUGUGCCAAAUAUGGCCAAUUCUACCCAGCCUUAUUAUGUGCAACCCUCUGAGGAUAGAAAGUUGGCACCAUCGGCAGAAAUGCUACACUAUCAGUACCAAAGGGAUCGUAAUUCUGCUCAACCGUAA